AUGCCGCCGUUUUCUGCUGCGAUCACGGGGCUUGCUGCUCUGGCCUUGGUUUCCUCCGAGCCCAGCCCAGCGGCUGAGACGUUGCUGGCGGCCUUGGAGCUGCAAGCGGAGAGGACCGCCAGGGGAGACCCACGAAAGUAUCCGGGCCAGACCUCUCCCGGGGACAUGCCGGAUGGAUCUCUGAAUGUGUGGCACAUGACCAGGGCCAGCUCAUGGACCAGCGGAUUCUUCCCGGGGCUUUUGUGGCAGCUCUAUGACAUCACAAAAGCGGAGAAGUGGGCCUCCCUGGCGUUGAACUGGACGGAGGGAAUUCGGGAUGAGCAGCAUGAUGGGGGUUCACAUGAUAUCGGCUUCAAAGUCUUCGGCAGCUUCGGAUAUGGACUACUGCUUGCGGGCGAUGAGUCCAAGUUUCCUGGUAGCGAAGUGGCUCGCCUCGGGUACAAGGAGGUGGUUCAGACUGCUGCAAAGACUCUCACCACUCGUUUCGAUGAGAGGGUUGGUUGUACGAAGAGCUGGAACUCUUACAAGGGCGUAUGCAGCACUGACCAUGCCUACACUUCCAAAUUCCCGGUGAUCAUUGACAACAUGAUGAACUUGGAGCUCCUCUUUUGGGCUGCAGCCAACGGUGGGGAUGCGAACCUCUACAGAAUUGCCGAGUCGCAUGCCAACAAGACGGCGGUGAACCACGUGAGGGAAGAUGGUUCCACAUUCCACGUCGUUGACUACGACCCCGAGACGGGGACGGUGGCUCGAAAAUGUACGCAUCAAGGCCUGAACGACACGUCCACCUGGAGUCGCGGACAAGCGUGGUGCGCGUAUGGCUUUACCAUGGCAUACAGAUUCACCCAGCUGCCUUUGCAUCUGCAGACCGCCGAGCGCUGCGCGCGCUACUUUCUCGCCAGAAUGGCUGAGACCUCCGAUGAGGUCGCCCUUUGGGACUUCGAUUGGCCGGGUCAGCGAGGUUUGGACCAGCGCGAUGUGAGCGCAUCCGCGAUCUUCGCCUCGUCACUCCUCGAGCUGGCCCAGUAUAGCCAGGACGCAGCAAGGUUCAACGCCGCGGCUGUUCGAAUCAUCGACGCCAUUGGGGUUCCCGCAACAGGCAAGGCUGGCUACAUCGGGGAGUUCAGCAAGACGCAGGGCGCCUUGGUUCAUGCCACCGUCUUGAAUCCGGCCUUCAGAGCUGACGCAUUGAAUGUCUCCCUGGUGUACUCUUCGUAUUACGCCGCUGAGGCUCUUCGAAGGACGGCGACAGUUUCGCCUGUCAUCUCGGUCAUAUGA